UGCGUAUUUUCUUAUUCUUCACUCUCUAUAUAUAUCAAAGGGCUCUUCUUCUUCUGUGUCUGUCGUCGAUAUUCUUUAGGGCUUUUGAUGCAUUGUCCUAUGGUCUCUUUUCCAGAAAUGACUCCAUAAAGUUGGAGGAACACUUCAACAACUAACGCUUCUCACCCACCAGUGCAGUUUGCCUGGCUCUUUUGAGGUUGAUAGUAUGCUGGAUUGUAAUCCAUGUAACUAAUCCUCCCAGCACCUGUAAUUUAAGAAGGGUCUAGUUGCUCAGAAAUUGGACUAGGAGCUGGUUAGCCAAGUAUCAACGACCAACAGAAUGUGGCUCAAGGAUCCUACCAAGUUUAGGUUUACGUUCUUGAACAAUGAUCUAUUGCCUUUUCCAUUAAGCAUUGCAUUGUACAUUAUCCUUAUGUGCUUGUGAAAGACAUGAUGCUUUUCGGAUGAAGUGUACAUAUGGAGAACAUCCUUGGCAUACUCGUAUCGGUAACCUUAACAUCUUUGACUCACGUUACUUUGGGUGCACGGCAGCUUUGGAUGCUGAACAUUACUUGCAAGAAAUCGGUGCCCUAGAGGGGUUUUACUUUCCGAGAAUCAUGGAAGUGAAUCCAUCACCAGUUACGCCUCCUGCUGAAACACUACCUUCAGUCCAAAUCUCGGUAGAGCACCCAAAUUUGGCAACAUCCAUCCAGUACGGAGUUUCUAGUUUACCUGUGAGAGAUGAAGUCCGUACAGGUGGCUUUGUGACUGAUAAUUGGAUUAAUUUCUUAUUUGGUGAGAGUUUCCCUGCUACUGAGAUGCAGCAAUGACACUUAUGUUUUCCAUCUUAACAUGCUUGCACAUUUAUAUGCCACCAUUGACAGAAUUUCAUGUAUUUAUCCCUUUAUGGCAUUAGAGGGAUCGAGGAAGAUAAGGAGCCCAACAUAUAUUCAACUAAUUUUUUGCCCCUAAUCUUUCUAAUAGGAACUUCACUCAAGAUUCCCUAUUAAAAAAAUUUUAAUUCAAGAUUCAGUAUCCAAGAUUGGAGACUCUCGUUUCAAGACAAUUUAGGAGAACCCAAGAACUCUCCCAUAUAAAUAUGUCAAGUUGAAAUUUCUAAUUCAAGCAAGAAUAUUACUGCAAUUAUCUUUUGAUAGUAGUAUUUUGGUCAGUGUUUAUUUGAUGGUGUGGAGUAUGCUAAGUUCUUUAUUAGAGGAUGCAGCUAUUAGGUUAAUUUGCUGCUUUCCUGGUUAGAGAAAAAGGGGUUUAGAAGGAACAAUGUUUUCUGCCCUCAGUUCCAGUAUUUUCAUUUUGGAUAGCCACAUGAUCCAUUAUACUAUUAUUUAUUCUGAAACAAAGUACAAUGCAAGACAUUGAAGUUGGAAUGAAAAGCAUAUGUAAGUCAAAUGGCCUUUGAGAUGUCACAAUGUAAUUCUACCACGAGGUCCACAAAAACUAACAAACUUGUAGGUAAGCACAUGGUGAUAAACAUUGGAAUUAACAUAUUAAAUGCACCCAAAAAGUAGAAUUUUACAUAUCUUAAUUCAUGGAAAUUCCAUCCAAUAAAAUGGAACCUUCCCAGGACCCCCCGCACAUAGCGAGAGUUUUAGUUCACCAGGCGGCCCUAUUGAAUCUUAUUCAUGCACCUCAAAAUUCACUUAGAGAUAUGGAUUUUCUACAGGAACAUUCGUUGAGCAACAAGCAUUAUCUUCUGCCAUUGGAAAUAGAGACAUUGAGUGUUUUGUAGUAGUAGUUGGUGAUAUGAGCAGCAUACCUCCAAGACCAAUUUCAUUAGGAGGAAUGUAAUGUUCCUUGCUUAAAUUAGAGUAGCAUCUUCACCACCGUCUGGUAUGUUUCCAAAUUCUGGUUCCUGUAGAAUGUUAUAAAGUUGCCUCUGGAGUCUUUUCACAGGUGCCAAAAUGUGUUGUGUAAGCCCUGAUCUCUUUCUUUUUGGGACACUGUUAGGAUUCCAGAUAGGAUCUUUGUCUGCUUCUCCCAACAAAAGGUAAAUAUUAGUGCACAUAAAACAAUAAUGUAUUAAUACAAUAGAAUUUAUUUUGGUCAAGCUAGUUUUAUUUGUAUGGUUAAAGUAUAGUUGGACUAGUCAGUUCAUAUCUUUAUUGAAAAUCCUCAAUUCAGUUCAUUGUGUAAAGGAAAGUUAGAUCUCAAAAUUUAGGAUAGACACUAUAAUAAAUGAUCAUUUAGCAAGAAAGAAAACAAAGAUUGUGCUUGUAGAGUAUGUAGAGUAUCAUAUAAUAAUUACUUUCCUACGGCUUAUUUGGUAAAAUCCUGAAUGUGAUUUGACAUUACAUAAUUUGACAAGCACAUCACAGUAAUCGGACAAUGAUAGGAAUUUCCUGCAUAAGAAUAAAUUCAUGUCUCGUGAAUCUUGAUAGAUGCUUAUCAAGUUAUCUUAGAGCUUAUGGUGUAAAUGAUUCUUUUGAAUAUUAGAUACCAACAUAAAACAACCACUUGGACAGUGGAAGAAUGCUGAAAAAAUUUUCCGUCUCACGGUUAAAUUGUUGUGUAUGUUCUGAAGAUUCUCUUCCACUGUUUUCCGCUCCUUUUUUGGGGGUGGUUCAAAUUUAUCCAUUUUCAAUCGAUAGAAUAAGAGAAGUUUGUAUUUGGAAUCAAUAGUAUUAUUGGGUUAACUGUUUCUUUCUUUUCUUAGAAUUACUUUAUGGUAAGGUGCAUCUACAAUGAUUUGGUUGUUGUCUUUCACCUAUCUCAUAAUUUCUUUGUGACUAAGGGCUCGUUUGGUACGAAAGAUAAGGCAUAACUAGUCUUGGGAUUAAUUUUAGGAUGAGCUUAUCCCAUGUUUAGAAGGGAUAAGAUCUAACUUAUCCCCGAGGUAGUUAUCCAGGGAUUUAGUGUUAUUUUUAUUCCACAUUGAGGGUGGGAUAACAAUCCCGUGAUAACUCGUUCCCAGCCAAAUGUGCUCCUAAGAGUUUUGCGAUUACUAUCAUGCAAAAUUGAAGAAAGAAAUUGGCCAGAAAUUAAGCAGAAAGAUAUUAGUUUCCACUUUCUUAAUACUUGAAUGCUUAAGAAAGGAUUUUAUUCAGAACAUGCAUCAUAUUUGCUGAGACAAGUUAAGUGCUCUUUGUUUGUGGAAGUUUUUUACCAUUUGUUUUUUCCAUCUGCAUGCUCUGUUUUUCUCUGUUUGCAUGUCUAGGAAUAUAGUUCUGUAGUGUCCCCAUAACGCGCCACCUUGUUCCACAAGCAUUCCAGACACUGGUUUUUCAUGUGGCCCAGGUCUCCAAUGGGGGGUUUCUGUUUGAGUUCAAAAUUAAUUAGUGUUUAAACUAAAGCACAAUGAUCAUUGACAAAUUUAGAGUUGUCAAUAUAAGCUAGGCCCGUUGGGCUAGCCUGGCCCAAUCCGUGAUUUGAUAGGGUUGGGCUAUGACUCCCGUGAAUCAUAUCGGCUCGAAGAUGCAAAAUUACAAGGUGAAAAUGAAAAGUCAAUAAAGAUGAAGGGGGGGAAAGAGAGAGAAAGAAGAAAUGGGGGGCAUUUUUAUUAGUUUAGGAAAUAUUAAGGACGUUAAUGUAAAUUAAGAGGUCAAUGAAGAUAAAGACCAAAAGGCACUGACAUUGCCAGCUUCAUUUAAGGGACUAAUAGGGAGUUCAAACAUAGUUGGGCUUAGAAAAUAAGCUAUAUAUUAUAUUAUAUAGUAUGAUAAAAUAUCAAGAUACAUUGACUCUUGGCUUUUUAGAGUGGUUAUACAUAAGUUUUGUUUGUUUUUUUUCCUCCUCCUGUAAUCUAAAAUGUAAAUAUAAUGUUCUUAUAGUUUGGAGUAUUUUAACA